GAAGCAAAAAGCUGCGCCCAACUACUUAAAGAUGGUUUCACUUCCAAUGGCGUGUACACCAUCAAUCCAGAUGGCGGUAAACCAAUACAAGUGUUGUGUGACAUGACCACGGACGGUGGAGGCUGGACCGUCUUCCAGAGACGUAUGGACGGCUCCGUUGACUUCUAUCGUGACUGGAAACCUUACAAAGAGGGGUUCGGAAGUUUGAGCGGCGAGUUCUGGCUCGGAAACGACAAUCUUCACCGUUUGACGAAUGCUAAUGACGUCAUGUUGAGAGUUGACUUGGAGGACUUUGAGGGGAGCAUCACAUUCGCUGAGUACAAUACAUUUAAGGUGGCACACGAAGCCGAUAAUUACAGACUCACUAUCGAAGAAUACAAUGGCACAGCGGGAGAUUCCUUCACGUAUCAUAGGUAACAUAAAUAGUUAAGUAAAUACAUUGGUGUUGAAUGUGUUGGGUUGAAUGUAUUUAGACAAAAUUAUAGCACCUAUGGUCAAAACUUUGUCAUCUAACAUUAAGGACAGCCAACACGCACUUGAAAUUUUUCGUGGCUUUAAUUUCCCUGGCAAAAAAAACUUAUUUUCACUGAGGAUAUUAUUAUGUUCUAUCCUAUUGUCCCCUAUCCUAAACUACUGUAUUCUAUUCUAUCCUAUUCUAUUCCACUCUAUGAUAUUGUAUUAUAAAUCUACCUCUUUAUCUGUCUCCCUCGAGUCUCUUUAUUCUUUCUUUAAAGCAAUUUGUCAAAGAAGUACCCUUAAUUAGAAUUCGUUUUCUAAUUUUUACGAGAAAAUCUCUUUCCUCAAUGGCUAAACAGAAAUGAAAGAAGGCAACAUAAGUUUUAUUCUUAUUCCAGCCAAAUGCAGUUUUCCACGAAAGAUCAAGAUAGUGAUCUAUCUAAUGCAAGCUGUGCCCAACUCUAUAAAGGGGCCUGGUGGUACAACGAAUGCCAUUGGUCCAAUCUAAACGGAUUAUAUUUGAAUGGCCAACAUUCUGCUGAAGGAGUCAACUGGAUUACUUUCCGAGACCAUCACUACUCACUAAAACGCACUGAGAUGAAAGUAAAAACCAAGGGAUAA